AGGUUCUGGAAUACAAAUAAGAAUUCACCAGAAUGGUUCAGUAACUUCAGCCUGUGUGCAUGAAGCACCAGGGCCAGGGGGAAUGGAUCAGUCCUAAAGACUGAUGUAAAGGCUGCAAUGGAAGGAAGAUAAUUCAAGAGAAGAAGGUUCUAGAAGUUCAUAUUGACAAAGGCAGGAAAGAGGGCCAGAAAAUAACAUUCUAUGGUGACGGAGACCAAGAGCCAGGACUGGAACCAGGAGAUACUAUGAUCAUUUUAGAUCAGAAGGACCGUGCUCUGUUUACUCAGCCAGGAGAAGACCUAUUCAUGUAUACGCAUAUACAGCUGGUCGAAGCACUGUGCAGCUUUCAAAACCCAGUAUCUACUCUUGACAACCAAACCACUGUCAUCACCUCUCAGCAAGGUCAGAUUGUCAAGCACGGAGAUAUCAAGUGUGUGCUAAAUGAAGGCAUGCUAAUUGAUUGUAGACCAUAUGAGAAGGGUUGUCUCAUCAUGGAAUUUAAGGUCUUGAAGACAUUUGGAGAGUGUCAUGGCCUGAAUCUCUGUGUCCCUGUCCAAGCCAUAUGUGAUGGUCAUCCCCAGUUUGAUGAUGAAUGACAUUCUCCUCUAUUUUUCAAGUCUCCUGUAAGAAUGUGCCAGGUACCCUCUGGGAUUCUUCCGCCAACCUUUAAUGUAACCCACCUCUCCAUGGUCUUGUGAUUAGCUUGUGCCUGCGGUAAGAAAAAAGCUUCCGAGAUAUAAAAAUCAGGGCCUGGACCUUCCUGAAGAUGAUACAUUUACACGUACAUAUGAAUCGCAAUUUGAAGGAUUUAAUUUUACAUUCCUUAUGCCCGUAAAGUGAACCAGAAUGAGAUAUUCAUGAUCCCUCCACAAGAAAAUAAAGAAACACAUCUUAAAGUCA